AUGGAGGUGCCCCAGUCUGGAUUCGCGCCCGACUACGGCGCGCCAGGCCCAGGCCAACCAUCGAUGGACCAGAGAAGCCACGAUCCGACAGCCAACGUCUCUGAUUCAAGUCAGUCUGGCCAAGCUGGGGACAAGAAGCGAAACAAGCUGGGCUAUCACCGGACCUCGGUAGCUUGUGACCAGCCGCCGUCUCAAGCAACUGAGCCGCGGCCCAAACCACAACCGAGACCUACCGUUGGGUCCAAGACCGCUUCCACGUCAUCUUCUCCCGUCAUACUUCCUGGGCAACCCCCAGAGGGAUCCCAGCAACAUCAGUACCAUCAAGGAGGAGUCCUGCCCUCGUCGCAAAACGUACUACCGACAACUAUGCAGCCAUCUACGGGUGAAAAUGUUGGCCAAGACACCACAGCGUCUUCUGGACCCUACGAUUUUGCGAACCCCCAAAUCACGAACUGGAUGUCCCCAGAUGUUAGUCCCAGCUCCACGACAAAGUCAAACGACCAUGAGGAAACAUGGAAGUCUUACGCUGAACAGUCCCCGAUUACUCCGUCAUUCUCGCCGUAUACUUCUCAAGCACCACCGUCAGCCAGCUGGAGCAACGUGGAUGCCAAUACUCACAGCAACAUGGGAUAUUCUUCUUUCGCAAUAGGGAGCUCCAUGGCCUACCCCAGAGGCACACAAAUACCUGCGCAGUACCCCACGAUGCCACAGUCGAGCCGGCAGUUUGAUCAAAGAUCUUUGACGGUGAUAUCUACAGACAUGUACCCGAACCAGAUUGCGACGAAUUUCCCAACCAUGGAUCCUCACACUACUUCCCUGUCUGUAGGUGCGAAUCCGCCUUCAGAUUACGGUACUUGGCCGCAGCAGCAGCCGCAGACGCAAUCCCCCUACGCCUACUCCAGACCGGCUGAGGGAUAUGACACGUGGACUCAUGAUGAAAACUAG